AUGACUCUAUGCAAGACGGACUCUACAACUAACGCACGCAGACAAAUGCCCGAUAAAUGGGACGCGUCGCGGAUUCCGUCGCAAGAGGGCAAGGUCGCUGUCGUCACGGGGUCCAAUUCGGGCAUUGGCUACGAGACGGCUCUGGAGCUCGCUCGCAAAGGAGCUCACGUGGUUCUAGCCUGCCGCAGCGAGGAGCGUGGUCGUGAAGCCGAGCGCAGUCUCCGUGAGACCUUGUCCUCCACUCCCGAGGCGGGCAAAGUGACGUUCGCAAAGUUGGAUUUGGGCGAUCUCAACAGCGUCAAAAAUUUCUCGGAGGAUUUCAAAAAGAGUCACCGCCGUCUGGAUCUACUCAUCAACAAUGCCGGCAUCAUGGGAGGAGCGUGGGGGCUCUCGGCUGAUGGUCACGAACGGCAGUUCGCUACCAACCACUUGGGCCACUUCGCCCUAACGGCUCAGCUAUUCCCGUUACUGAAGCUCAGUACCCCAUCACGUAUCGUGAAUGUGAGCAGCUUCAUGCACCGUCAAGCCAAGUGGAACGAGGACGACAUCAUGGUGACGAGCGAAGAUAAGUACCGGGAGAUGGAUAAUUACAACGUGACCAAGCUCAGCAACAUCCUGUUCACCUUGGAGCUGGCUCGUCGUAUCGAGUCUUCGGGUGUGGAAGGUGUUACGUCGGUGGCUUGUCACCCGGGGCUUACGAAGACUAAUCUUGCAUCGGCGUCGGCAUCUUCGUCUGGGCGCGGGAUGUGGUGGCUCGCAUACAAGAUAACAGAGAUGACGCCUCGCCAAAGUUCCCAAAUGGGGACUCUACCGACGCUGUAUGCUGCUACCGGGAACGAUGUCAGGGGCGGUGACUUCUUCGGACCAAAACAUCUCCAAUUGUUUGGAUAUCCGGUGCGCGAGGAUCCGUCGGAGAUAAGUAAGUCAAAGUCGGGUGCGAAAAAGCUGUGGACUCUGAGCGAGAAGCUGAGUCGUAACGUCUUUGAUGUUGAGAGCUGA